AUGUUGAUGAUGAUUAUGUAUUUUCACUUCAGAAUCCAAGAAGUGAUUCUGUUUGAAGGAUGGAUUCCAAAAACUUUGUUCUCAUUCAUCAUGUCAUGCAUUGCUGUUUCAGCUAUUUCGUUUGUGUAUGAACUUCUUCGCUUUGGCCACUCUCGUUUUCUCGAUAGCCUUGAGAACUCGUACAGUGAUGCUGAAGAAGGUCUAUUAUCAGGAAUCAGUGCUAGGUUCAUACGGCAUGAACGAGUUCGACAUUCAAUCUUACCUACGACUUUCUACUUCGUAGAGCUGUUCAUCUCAUAUUCUCUGAUGAUGAUAACAAUGACUUACAACAUCCCCAUCUUCUUCUCUUUAGUUUUUGGUCACAUUUUGGCUUAUUUCCUAUUAACUCCAUUGAUGGGGGUUCGUCAAGAACAAUCUCUAGGUGAAUGCUGUCAAUAA